UUAUCGCUAUCGUUAUCGGAGCGACGCGCUUGCUAUCGUUUUGCCAUUUUCGUAUUUAUUUUCAUCCGCUGGACGCAGAAGCUCUAAAAGAUUAGCCAAAAAUGUCCGGACUGGAGUCCUACAUCAACCACACAGUGUCCAUCAUCACGGCGGACGGGCGGAACUUCAUUGGGACCCUCAAGGGCUUCGACCAGACCAUCAACAUCAUCAUCGACGAGUGCCAUGAGCGGGUUUUCUCCACGAGCUCUGGGAUUGAGCAGAUCGUCCUGGGGCUGCACAUCAUCCGCGGGGACAACAUCGCGGUGAUCGGACUGAUAGACGAGACCAUCGACUCCCGCCUGGAUCUGGCCAAUAUCCGGGGCGAACCUCUUGGACCCGUGGUGCACUAGGAUAGCGAAUAAAACCAGUGAUUCUCAAGACUUAA